GGAACUUAACCACAACCACCAUGAUUAUCUUCUCACUGCCCCCCGAAAUAUUAGUGGACAUUGCUCUGUUCCAGCUAAAUAGAGCCGGGAUAAUCGUGACGGAAUGGCGCACAAUACUGUAUAGGCGGAUGAAUGUGCCAUUGGUUCCUUGUAACUAUUCGUACAUCGUCCCCGAUGACAAACUGCAAGAGGCGUCAGAAACCCUCACUUCCAUGGGCUUACCACUAUCCAUACCUGAUCCGCUGUAUGUUUCCACAGGAGGAGAUCUAUUCUCGAAAGCCUUCCUUCAUAGAAUAACUCUAUCCGCUAAACUUGGGCCAGCACGGUUCAUCCUACUCUACCCAUCGUCUUUCUGUUCGUUCAGUCCUUCCGAACUGGAAUCCGUCAACCACCCUCUUUUUGGUCUGGAUUCGUUUUCUGUACCGCUCAAUGUACCAACCACACCAGCGACUUACGCAUCUCUUGUACGUACCGCGGCCGUGUACAAGAGGAACGAUCCCGCGAGGAAGACGCUGUUAAGCGAGCUGGCUCAACUCGUACUUUAUAACCUAUAUGACGGUGAUUACGGGAAAGAUUCCGAGGACGAGGAUGAUGACGAAGAAGUCGAAAGGGAAAUACAACAGGCCGUUACUGCUGUACGCGGAUGGACUUGGAAUCCAGAUGAAGAAUGGAUCGGUGAUGCGCUGGCGGAAGUCGUUGCUACAUCUGCAUAUGACGAGCUUCCAUGGAUGGGAUGCUAAGGGCUGCAGGCAUUGUCUGAGCACUCUAAUACCCAGCCAGAGGAAUGCAUAUAGCAGCCAUGUCAUGAUCACGUUUGCAACGUAUAGCUUACUUGUGGGGAGCCAGCUAGAUAUCACCUGUUGGAGACCGAUGCCUUGCUGCAUUCACCGACCUGUCAUAAUCUGACGUUGCAAGAAGGACACCGAUUUAUCAUCUUCGUAACAGACGCUCAGGCGACAAUUAGAUCUACCUGUGUCUUGAAGAAUCAUUUCGAAACAGAAUGAGGGUGUAGAGGAGUGUAUCUGUUUAUUUAGUCUUACGUUUUUAGUUUUAUGUUUUUUGUGUGAUUGACAUAUAGUC